UCGGAAAUGACAUCAGUUUAGCUAUGGUGUCGCUCUGAUGCCUAACAGAAACGAGGCACAUUGGUACCUGACGUGGAAAUUCGGACAAUUUAGGGAACUUAAAGACUAGAGGCUGCUAUGGCUGCGCCAGUCUUGCAACAACCCAGUUUUUUACUGGCAAACCUGAAAGUUGACUCAACAACCAAGCCUCUCCUUCAGCGUUGCCAAGAGUUGGUCAAAGUGAUUGAUGAGUACCCUGCAAAGGAAUUGCACCUGAUAUUCCCAUGGCUGGUGGAGACCGUGUUUGGCAGUCUAGACGGCGUCAUCGUAGGCUGGAACCUGCGAUUCCUGCAAGCACGCAGCAAUGAAUACAACAUUGCAAUGGACUUCCUAGAUCCCAGCGGGCCAAUGAUGAAACUAGUAUACAAACUCCAAGCAGAAGACUACAAGUAUGAAAUACCUGUCAGCUAUCUACCGGGUCCUGUAAGGGCAUCCAUACAUGAAGGUGUCCUCCCGGAUUGCCCGCUUUUCCACAACAAGCUGCAGUUCCCCCUGUCUGGCCUGCUCUCUCUCAGCCUGGCUCUCAAUCCUUUUGAAUUUUACAUGUUCAACUUGGCCUCAAGUCUUAUAACACCAAAGAACUACCCUCCAGGCCAACAUGUGAGCGCUUCAGACAACGCCUACUUCGUGCUGGUGGACUCUUACCUCAAAUACUUCCUCCCCACUGAGGGCAACGUGCCACCCUCUCCUUUCUCAGACUCCAGGGGCUCUGUAUCGGCACCUGCACCCAGGUCUCCUUCUGUGCCUUUCGCGGGGUACGGCAUCCACAGCACCAGCCUCCUCAAACGCCAUAUAUCCCAUCAACCCUCCGUCAACGCUGACCCCGCUGCCCAGGAGAUCUGGAGGUCAGAGACCCUAUUACAGGUGUUUGUAGAGAUCUGGCUGCAUCAUUACUCCCUGGAGAUGUACCAGAAGCUCCAGUCCCCCCAGGUUAAGCUGGCGCUGCUCCAGUAUCGCCUCAGUAUGUCCAGCAUGCCGUGCCAACCCCUCGCCCCUCCAGGCUCUGGGACCCUCCACACCUACCAAGAGCCCUUCAGUCCCACAGAGGAGCACGUGCUGGUGGUGCGUCUCUUGGUCAAGCACCUGCACGCCUUCUCCAGCAGCCUGAAGCCCGAGCAGGUGUCCUCCUCCCCCUCGGCCCACUCUCACGCCAGUCCCCUGGAGGAGUUCAAGAGGGUGGUCGUUCAACGUUUCGUCCAGCAGAAGCUCUACGUGUUUCUGCAGCACUGCUUCGGCCACUGGCCUCUGGACGCCUCCUUUAGAGCGGUGUUGGAGACGUGGCUUAGCUACAUCCAACCGUGGAGGUAUACGGGAGAGAAGACCAAUCCACUGACUGACCAAAACAGAGGCGUUCCUGACAAAUGGGCCUCGUUUGUGCAAGAGAACCUACUCAUGUACACAAAGCUCUUCCAGGGCUUCCUCAACAGAGUCAUCCGCACAGACUUGGUCAACGUGAAAAAUGCUCUGAUGGUCUUCAGGGUGGCCAAAGUGUUUGCACAGCCAAACCUAGCAGAGAUCAUCCAGAAAGGAGAGCAGUUGUUCCUGGAGCCAGAGCACGUGCUCCACCAUCGGCAGCAUCGUGUCUUCCUCACGCCAGGCCACGGCGGCAGCUUCCUGUCCGCGCGGCAGCCGGCCGGGACGGACGCCGUGUUCCGGGUGAAGAGCCACGUAUACGGCCUGGAGGGCCAGGAGUGCCAGUACAAACAGAUGUUUGGCACUGAGCUCAGGGGAGCUGUUCUGAAGCUGAUCCAGAUCAUCGCCCAGGCCAGGCAGACCGCCAAGCGGAUAUCGGAUCACUCCGCCGAGGUGGCGUCCAACAACUCGUUCAUGUCGUGGUUUGGGAUGGGCUCCUCCGACCUCAACAACACCUUCUCAGGAUCGGAGGGGGGGGACGAGACUGGCGAGUGUUUCAAGAAGACUCACGAGUUCUUGGACAGGGCGCUGGAGAACCUCUGUCAGAUCUUCAGGUUAAACCCUGGACAGCUGUCUCAGCUAAUGGCUAACCUUGGAUCAGGGCAGGACGACAUCAACUCCAGACAGCUGCCAGACUGCAUCCAGGGAGAGAACGGACUCAUCCUUACCGACCUGGGCCGCAUGCAGAUCAUCAAUGGACUGCGUCGAUUUGAGAUCGAGUACCAGGGAGACCCAGAGCUUCAGCCCAUCCGAAGCUACGAGAACGCUGUGCUGGUGCGAUUGCUCUUCAGGAUCUCCUCGCUGGUGAAUGACAGGUUUGGGGAUCGCAUGGAAGCUCUGUGCUCGCGCCCGGACUUCCUGGGUCGGCUAGGACGCCACUACCUGGCCGGCCCUGUCGCCGGAGCAAGCGGGAAGAGGAGAAGCCCAGUGACACGGCGUACUUUGGAGAGGAACCCCCAGCCGCGGUUAAGCGUCCGCACACUGGCCAGCUACAGAACCCUGCUGCUGCUAGUACUACUGUACGUGUUAGGGGCACUGCUCUCUGUGGGGCCCGUGUCCUGCACCUUGCUCAUCCUCACUGGGGGGUUUCUCUAUGGAGUCCUCAUGACCCUCUUGGGAGGUAAACUGAAAUCCCAAUAGCAGGUCACUCACUGAACUGGCAGCUUUGUUCUUCUUUUUUUUUUUGCCUCUGUGCUUUGCAGGUUUUUUUGCGAAAUAUCUUUGCCAUUUUAUCCUUGUAAAUACUAUUAAACUUUCGGAUGUAAAAAAAGGAA